AAUGUGAUCAGAGAAAGAAAAAUUCCAAGAUACAUAAAUCUAAGGUAUUUAUUGACACGGACAGUGAGGACGAUGAUGAGGAGGAGGUGGUGGCGCCACCUGUGAUCCCAGCAAUACAAAUGGUCAUGGACGAGGAUGAUGAAAAUAUGGAGAUAGACAUCCUCAGUGUCACACCAGAAAAAAGUGCCGAUCCUAACGCAAAGUUUAAUACGAAGGAGGUCUCGAUGGUGUCAACACAACUGGAUUUCCACAAUCGUCACGAUUCCAAAUCCAAGGAAAAGAAAUCUUCAAGUUCUAAAAGCAGCAAAAAGGAGAGCAAGACUGAAACUAAGUCUAGUGGUAGCAAUAGUCAAACUAAACCGCCAAAAUACAGUCGCUCCUCCUCUAAGGAGAAGUCCUCAAAGAAAUGUCGUGCUAUGAAACAUAAUGAAGAAAAGGAUGUGAAGGAGCAUAAGGUAAGCGAGGCACCAGCCCCGCCCAUCGCUGUAGUGGCACCGAUGAAACCCUACGAAAAAAUGAAUAAUAGCAAUACAAGUUUUGACAAGAAUAGUAUGAAUGAGAUUUUGGAGGAGUUCGGGAGAAACGACACACUACUUUCUCCUUUACCAACUGUGCCAGAUAAACCUAAGAUAAUCCCAUCUCCGGAGAAGGAAAAGGACAAAUCAAAGAUACUGGAUGCGCUCUCCUACAAGGACGGCCGGCCAAGUAUCAUUGUAAGGUUAGAUUGGGCUCUAGUUAGUCACUUUAUCGAAGCCAGGAAAAAAUCAGACAAGAGGAAGUCGAGUUCUGAUAUACCUGUCAGUAGUAGUGAAUCAAGAAAGCCACGUGUAGAUUCGGAAAGUGAUAUCAAUAAGGAACUGAUUGACAAUGAGAUCAACCUCGAUACGCCGGAGAGUAAAUUGGACUCCUCAUUCUCUUCACAUCAGUCCUCUAACAGUGUUGCAAACAGUCACCGAAAACUUCACAAAAAACGCAAGUCGGAGGCAGACCACGGGGAUGUGGUAGCAAGUAGCAGCAAACGUCAAAAAGGCAGCAGCCAUAGGUCUAGUCACCACAAAAAGACUAAUCAGGACUCCAGUCAAAAGGAGAAGCGAAGUCACACUGACGAUCAUGAAUGGGACAGGAAACAUCCAACGAGGUCAAGGUCAAACAGCGGUGAAUGCCGUUCUAAUGUCACUGAAUCUAGUCAUCAUAACGCCAACAAACACACCAAUCCCACUCACCACAAGUCUCAGGCUAUAGAAGAUGCCAGCAAGUCAGACUUCGAUGAAAAGGAAGAUCAGAUGAGUGUGCCCCCUGGUGGUGAGGGACAGCUUUCAUCUGUGGAAACCUUGUAUACUAUCAACCGGGAGGGUGAUGGAGACGUGCCUACUCACCCAAGACGCCUUGAAGAUAGCAGGUUGGACCCAGCAGAUGUUUUCCUCAGUAGAGCCAAGGAACUCAAACACGAUGCUGACAAUCUGACUGAUAAGCUGGCCAAAUCUCUCAUGUAUACGGAGGCAGUUCUGUCCUUUAUCCAGUGUGGCUAUGCCAUGGAACGUGACCACCUGUCCGAUGUGUUCCGAAUGUACAGAAUGUACCGAGACACCUUCAAACUCAUUACGCAUAUAUGUAGGUUUAGAAGCACCAAUGACAAUUCCAUGUCAGAGAAGGAGAAAAAACUAGCAGUAUUAAGUUUUAGAAUCCAGUCAUUGUUAUGCCAAAAAUUAUUCAAGUUAAAAAAGACAGAAGCGCUCAAAUUCAAAAGGGUCAUAGAGGAGCAUAACAAGGUGGCAUCCAAAGCUCCACCGGCCCCCUCCCAUGCUCCGUCUCCCCACCAGACCAGCUGGCCACGUACAACCGGCACCCCUUCACCGAUGUCCCCCACCCCCUCCCCUUCUGGUAGUGUUGGCUCAAAUGGUUCUCUGGGUAGCUGCAAUGAAAUCACCCCCUCCAAGCUGGGUGGAGGAGUCGUGUCCCUCACUGCCAUGUCAUCCCCGGGUAGUGUGAGCGUGCCCCAACGCAUACAUUCCAUAACCCAGGAAUACCUUGGUACCGUUAACUACUUGGUCAUGGGCCAAGACUUCUGGGACCAGGCCGAUGCAGCCAUGAUUGAGUUCAAAGAGUGGUUUGCCGAGUUGGAUGAGCAGUGUGGGACCCUGACUCUAAACAGCAGUAUAGCAGACCUCGUACUUUAUGUACAGACAGGUCUCCAGCGACUCAAGGAUAGGCUCAAGGACACAUGACAGAGGCAGUGAUUCGGAUACAGGGGGGCGGGCCAGACAAGUGUCACUAAACCGGUAAAGACACUGACUACAGAGCAUUGUACCGACUGCCUAUGUUGAAUCUGUGUUGUACUCAAGGAAGGACAUACGGCGACUGUAGCCCUUCAUAUCAUUAAAGUGUUCAAACUGGGGUGACAAUUAUGUGCUCCUGAUUAUAUUAGGUGCUGUUGUUCAUGUAGACCACUUCUUGGAUUAGUGCUUGAUGAUGAACCAUUGAAGUGAAAUGUCAUAAGAAGGCCUGCAAUUGGAUGGUGCUGCACAUGAGGCUUGACAUGGAUAGCCAGGUCACAUGGUGAGGAUAUGAUUCCCUGUCGGAUGGUGCUGAACAUGGUGAACAAAAUCUUGGGUCUAUGGUGAAUGAUAACACUGGGGCCUGUCCGAUCUCACUUGCUUGUAAUUGGUUGACAAGUUCCAGCUACGCUGGCUUGUGUGAUGUUGAGAUCGGUAAGCAGGAUCAUCAGCAUCGCUGGUGAAAUAUAUAUCCAUAAACAGACAUCAAAGGACAACAUUUUACCUUUGUCUUCAGAAAUCUGACUUGGGUCAUUUUUACUGUCUUCGGACUGAUCUGGUUUUAACCCUGUGGUGACGACUCGACAGUUGCCAUCACAAGCCAGAAAUCUCCCCACUACCUAACCAUCUCUGUCUCCUCACAAUGGAAAUUUGAAUUGACUCUUUUAAAAUGUCAGUUGCCGUGGAAGUUGCCAUGGAUACCAUAGGAUGUGGGUACAUUUUUUGGCAGUCUAGUCGAGGCCACCCACCUCACAAGGGUUGGUCAAUCAUGUGUGUCGCCUUCCGUUACUUUGUGAUAUUAAAGUAUUGUUAAGAGGAGUUCUUAAACCCUUGAGACAAGGGAAAUAGUGCAAAUAUUUAUAAAAAAAAAUUAUUUCCGACAAUGGAAAGACUUGAGCUUGUUGUUAUUGUUAUACACAAGUAUAUUGCUAUUAUGUAAAAAAAAAGUUGAAUCAUGAUGGGCGACAAAAAAAUUAUUUAUGAAAUGAUGGAGAUACGCCAUACAUAUAUAUUUACCUGUGUUUUAUGCCAAUGGGAGUGAUUCCAAUCGUCAAAGCCAUAUCAAAUCGCGCAUUGAAGUCAUUUAUGUAUUAGGUACAGCUGUUUUGUGUACCAUUAAUUUAUUACACUACUUUGUCAAGGUAAGGGAAAUGUAUAAUUCAGUAUUUUUGGAGGGAGAAAUCAUUAUUUAUACCAAGACUGGUAAGCAAAGAUAUCUUGAGGCACUGCUUCUCUGAUUAAUAUAUAAAUAUAUAUAUUUUGUUGUUGUCAUGGAAAAUGUUUUUUCCUAGAUAUUUAGCUUUUUGUCUUCCAACAGCAUUCAAACAAUUCAAACAAGUACGACCAAUCAACGUUUCUAAGCCUGUGUAAUGAUGGAAUAUAAGCCAGCUCUACAGCCUCUUUAGUCUAAAUCAUUACCAGCUGAACUACAAUUAAAUGUUUCUAGCAAUACAAGAUUUUCAUUAUCAUACCAGCUACAUUGUACACAUAGUUUAAACAUGAUUAGAUAUACAUAAUAUAUUAUCUGCAGAUAAGCCCUUGCCCACGAUUAAGUCCCUGUCUUUUUUUUUUUUUUUUUUUGUAGAAACAUCAAUUUUUAAAUUUUAAGUGGAUUACAAAAUGCCCUAACCGAAUAAAUACUUAUCUUAAUCACUAGGGUAGGGGAGCUUAUUUGAGGAUAGAUAUGGUAGUUUAUUGUAGGGCUGAAACAUCAAAAACAGAGAAAAAUGGUCACCCACCGAUCAGCAAAUAAAUGAGUUAAGACCAGCCAUGAAGCAUUAAUAACGCAAAUUUUCAAAAUGUGUACAGUAAUUUAAACAUUUACGUUUUAGUAGGAAAUAAAUUCAAUAUUCAAUUAAGUGCUAUAGAAUUUAAAUGUGGGUAUGGUCUGAGCUUAUAGAUCCCCCUACAUUGGUGUUUACAACAAAGUAUUUGUGACCUGUCUCGUGUGUUUAGUCGAGUGUGUCUGAAUGUUUGUGAGUUAUGUAUUUAUACAAGUAUACUACACUGAAGCCACAUUUAGCCUAUAAUGGAUUAUUCCUGUAGAUGUGUCGAAAUCUAAAACGAGAUCUGAAAGGACCACCCUUGUGUCUCUAUAUCUUCUGGAGCUGUAGGGUUAGAUUUUUAAGGGGAAUAACUCCUGUCUACGGUUCAGGCGAUCUUGCCUCCAAAUAAUUUUGAUUAUUAUAUUAGGAUAUCGAGUCUUAGCUGUACAAUUUAAUUUGUUGGCUUUUUCAUAAUUAAAUAUUAAAGACUUUAUAUUGUCUGUUCUGGACGUGAUAUCCAAGACUCUUUUUCCAAAACUUUGUUAUAAUUUUGUAGUAAUGAUCUGUGGAAGCUGCUCUGAAAUAUAAAUCAUUUGUUCCAUAUAUCUGCAAAUGUAAAUAGGAAAUGUGUUUAAAGAGUACGAAUCUAAAUCUAGUACUUUGGCCAUAGUCCCAAGUUAUAGUGUUUACUAUAGACAGUAAAAAAUGAUGUACAGCACAGCUCUGAACCAUAGGGUAGUCAUGGUAACAGGAGAUAUAGAGAGACAAGGGUGUCUUAUGUAGACAGAGAUUACAAUAUAGAGCAGAUUAUAAUACCUUUAUUCUGUGUGAUAUUUUUUUAACUUAUUGAAAAGAAUUUGUAUUUUGAACAAAAAUAUCUUGUAUUUUUAAUUGCAAACUUUUUUGUGAAAAAAAAAAUUGUUCAGACCUAAUUUUGGAGAAAUGGACCAACUCUGAAUUCACAUGUAUAAUGAUAUAAAUAUUAAUUGUAUAUAUGUGUCUGUACAACAUAUGUUAUUUAUUAAGAAACAUAUACAUUUUGAUUCUCAGCGUAUAUAACACUCUUUAAAUCUCCAGAUACAAUAUUGUGUAGCAAAGUUUGAAAACAUUUUGUUAUAAUUUUACAACGCAGAUAUUUACUCUGGAAUUUAAAGUUUUACUUAUUUAUUGACAGUCUAUUGUAUGGAGGAAAUUCUGAGAUACUGCAGAAGUUUCCCUGCAGAAUUGGGUCUCUGAUGCAGAAUUUGAAUGAAUGUGUAUAAAUCUGUGUUUUUAUGUGUUAGAUGAUUUUUGUGAAAGCACAAUGUACUGUUAAAUAACUCAAAGUUUGAAACUCUACAACACUAGUUUUAGGUAACAAGGAUAUUGCUAUAUCAUAAACAAAACCAAUCUUUGCAAGUGAUUUGUACUUAGAUAAUAUGUGAUAGAUAGAAGGCUGUACUUUAAGGAAUGUCGGUGAAAGUGUUGACUUAAGCAUCAAUAUUUGAUAAUAAUAUAAGAUUUUUUUUUUUUUUUAUAAUUUUUUUUCUUUCUGGUAUGAGUAAACUUUAAUUCAGAUAUGAACACUUGCAUAUUCCUCAAUUUGUUUUUAUAGAGUCGUGUUUUCAUGUUAUCGUUUUGUAGGGUGAAAUAGUUUGUGAUUGGUGCAUUCCUUGUUGGCCACACGAUACUGAAUGUACACUGCAAUUAGUAAGAGCAAUACCUAAUGAUUUUGUGUGAUGCAUCACCAUUAUAUUAAUUUUCACUACAUUGUCAUUAAACUGUAUGCAAUGGCUAGGAUUGUGUUCAAUAUUUAAUUAGCUAAGUUACGCAACCUUUACUCCUGACUGGUAUUGUAUUUAUGCGACUAUAAGCCAAUACCUGGUGACGAGUCUUCCCCCUGUCGGUUGCAGAUCAUUAAAAAUUGGUGAAAAAUACUUUUUCAUUUUCCUAUGAUAAGCCCACUUCCUGCUUUGAGUUAGAUUUUCAAUGUUGGCCUUCUCAGCUGAAGAAAUAAGAUGAGAGAAAUCUCAGACUUGUUGAAAUUGGUGACAAGAUGGAUGUCUCUUUCAAAUAAAACCUGACAGAUACAACAGGGGUCAGCUGGCUAUAAAUCUCCCAAUUGGAGAAAAAUAUUGACUACAAAUCUUAUAAUUCAGGUAUAAAGAGGUAGUAUUGGGAAAAGAAAUAAGAAUAUUAGUAAAGAAAUUUUGUGCAUUAAAUGGUACAAAAUUAAUUUUAAAGAGCUAUUUCUAUGUCUGAAAAUCUCUCGCUUCAAAGGUUGUGUGGAGAUUUCACAUGAUGGAAAAAUAAUUGAUCAUAGUUCAAUGAUCCAAAGACUUGAUGAAAUAUAACUACAUUCUAGACUUUUCCCCUGUGUUUAGCCCCUGUUAAGAGUCAUCAACUAUAUUUUGUUAGACUGAUAUUUUCACACCAAUGAUGAAUAUAACUUGGAAAGAUUGCCAGCUUUGAAAUAUUUGACAAUCGCUGUGACACAAGAUUAGAGUCAAGGCUAACCUGUAGAUUCGAACACUGACAUCAGAUACAUGGCCAAAUCAGGGUACACAAUUAUAGUCUCUAUAUAGCUGUUGGUCAGUAUAUGACACAUUCCAUGAUGAAAUUGACCAGUUUUCCAUGACACAUCUUGCCAUACUGAAGGCUAACUAACACAGUUCUUUUAAAAGCAUGAUGGUUGUACGUUAAUGUUAGUUGAUAAGACCUACCAGUGUGGAGUGGUCUUAGCAUUGUUGUAUGCAUGACUGGUGUGCAUGGCAAGUAAAAUAGGAUAGUUGGUGCUGUGUUAUAAAUAUGAUCAUCCUAUAGAUUUGGGAGUGAGACGAGACAUAUUCAGAUACAUAGAUCAAAUCUAUGUUUGAUUAUGUCUUCAUUUAGUCAAUCAAUUUCACAUUAAUUUUGUUCAGUGUCAUUUACUUACAUGUGAAUAUUCGUGUCAUUGACGAGUGUUUAUUAUGCCUAUAAGGCAACCCAUCCCCCCGUCACUCCCCACACACCUGUACUAAAGAAGCCAGUAUUUCCUUAAUGUAAAAACUGUGUAGGGUACAGAAAUGCCUUCUUUCACAAAGCAAUUACCCGGGUUCACAAGGCAGCGCAGGGUACAUAUAGUUAGGUCUACAUUGUUUUAUAAAACUCACCAUUAUUAUAUCUAGUCCAAUCAUCAACUAGAAUAAAUACUUCCAGACACUUAAGCAAUACAGAGAAACAAAAAGUGAAAACGUGCAUAUCUGGUUUUCCAUUGGUCGGACCAGAGCAACUAGACUCAUCCGCAGAUGAACGUCUAUCUGGAAGUACCGGCUAUGGCGGAGUGUUUGGCUACAUAGGUAAUUGUUAUGCACAGCCUGACCACAGCAAAUAGUGGUGAUUGAACUUUAUCUUAAUUUGGUACACUAGUACCCUCCCUACAAAUAUCAAGCCUGUUCUACAGAAAAAGGGCAUCAAGCCUGUUAUACAGAGAAAGGGCAUCAAGCCUGUUAUACAGAAAAAGGGCAUCAAGCCUGUUAUACAGAGAAAGGGCAUUAAUGGCCUCCCUACAAAUAUCAAGCCUGUUAUACAGAGAAAGGGCAUCAGUGCCCUCCCUACAAAUAUCAAGCCUGUUAUAUAGAGAACGGACAUCAAGCCUGUUAUACAGAGAAAGGUCAUUAAUGGCCUCCCUACAAAUAUCAAGCUUGUUCUACAGAAAAUGGGCAUCAAUGCCCUCCCUACAAAUAUCAAGCCUGUUCUGUAGAGAAGCAGCAUCAAGCCUGUUCUACUGAAAAAGGGCAUUAAUGCCCUCCCUACAAAUAUCAGGUAUCUGCUCUAUAAAACACUAUACUUUGGUGUCCUCUCUGCAAGUCUCAGGCAUGUUCUAGUUAGUACAGUACUUAAGUGUCCUCCCCUAAGAUACCCAGAUGUCACACACUGGCACUGAAGGGAUUCUAGUCAGACUCAAAUACAACUGGUUGCCAUGGUUUCACUCGACUUUUAGCUCCAGUAAAGGUAUUGGAGCCUGCUAUAUCUGCCUACCCCUGUUUUAAACUGUGGCCUUUGUGGUAAAUCUAGGUUUGUUUUAUUGUUAUCAUUUCUUAGUUACAUGAGAUUUAACCACACACUUACAACCAUUACAGUUGAUACGAGUAUGACACUUUUGACUAUUUAUUUUGAAUGCACUCGUGUAUCAUAAUGCACUUGAAUAUCAUGCUUCGUGUCUGUACAGAGAAUUGGUCUAUAAGCCUGUUGGUCUUCUAUAUAUAUAUAUAUAUUAUAAGUCGUGUGUAUAUACUUACGAGUACAAUUCUUUUUUCAUCUUCAUUUACUCUUAAUUCGUGACCUACGUAAAUCAUAUCAUAUAUUAUAUAUACGCAAACAAUAUUUUUGGGAGAGGAAUGAGAGUAAUCUCCCCUUCUCCCAUGACAAAGGUUACCAUAUAUGCCUAACCAUGUCUCGUGUGUAGGAUAUCAUUCAGACAGGACCCAUCAACUAGCUGUCAAGUGUAUAUUUAUGUGUAAUAACCAGAGUUAUCUCCCCUAAACUGGAUGUGAGGCAGCAUCAUUGUUUAGAUGCAAAUUUCCGUCAUGCAAGUAGAUCUUUGUGGGGUAAGACUAUAUGUAUGCAAUACUAUGUGGAUCUUUUUGUGAUGAUUUUUCUUAUCUUCCCCAUGUCGUAGAGAUUUCAAUUAGUCUGGGUAUGUUGUCGGACACCAUCCUAAAUCAUUGUCUUCUAACUAUACUGUACUUGUUGAAUAAGCAAGACCACAAACAAUAGCCAUCUUAAAAAUGAGUGGAAACUUCAUAAUGAAAUUCUUGUUGAUAUCCAAUAUUUUGUCAAAGUUUUGGAAUCAAAGUCAUGAUGGGUCAGUAUGACUGAUACAGAAACCCUUCAUACAUGGUGCUCAUUACAAGUGCUUUUAACUCAUUUACCUUCAGCAUGGUGGACAUGUAGUAUCGUCCAUUUUCUGAUUCUCGGACAUUUAAAUCCAUUACUCUGGGCAAAAACCAUUCCAUGUGCAUGGCAAUAUUGGUAGUUUGUAUGAAAUUUUAGCAAUUUUUAUAUUGCACUGCAUCUAAUGCAUAUCGGAAUGCAAUCAAUAUUUUGGCUGUAUUAAGGGACAGACAGCUGUUUCACUAUUUUACUUAUCAAAACCAUAGAGAAAUAUAUGGCUUACUUUUAAUUUUCACCAGGUAUUAGAAGCAGAUAAUGUAAUACUGCUGUCAGGAUUUUUUUGAUUUUUUUUCUCUCUCUUUCUUUUGCAAAGAUAAAUAAUGAAAUGUUGUGCAAAUGUUUUUAAACCUAAGUCUGGUUUUUGAGCCCAUUUGACCCCUGGGGGCCAAGUGAGCUUAUGCCAUGGCAAGUUGUCCGGCCUUGUCAACAUUUUCCUUAAAGGACUACUUGUCAAGAACUGCUGAAAGGAAUUUGAUUGUAUUUGAUGUACUGCAUCUCUGGGUCAAGGUAGCAUAAAGAAAAAUAUCUAAAAGUGUUCAACCCAUAACCAUUUUGGAGAAGAAGGAAAAAACAGGUACAUCUUCAGACUACUGCUGUUGAAUAUCUAGAGAUUUUACCAAAUUUGGUAUGACACAUUCCUUGGCAAACUUAAUUAAUUGUUUUGUGAAUUGAAUGGUUCAAAAAUAUGUUUUAAUCCAUAAGAAUUGUAGAUGGUCAUAUGUGGUCUAAAUUUUACCAGAUAGACCAGGUAUUGUUUUUCUUGUCGUUUUCUGUAAAUAACUAUUGCAGAACUAGGUGAGCGAUACAGGACCUAUGGGCCACUUGUAUUUACCAUUUUGUUCUAUUAUACUGGUUGAAGCUGCUACUGAUAUAGCAUUGUAUGCUGAUUUUAAUAUCUUAUCCAUGUUUUUAUCCUUCGGUCACUUGGUUUAUAUGUUUUAACAACAUUGCCUAUUUCUACCUAUUUCUGCCUGAUUUUAGAUAUCUCAUCGAAAGAUGCAUGUACCUAUUCUCAACGUUGCUCAAAAUUGAAAAUGAUGUCCCAAAACGAAAAUCAAAUACAAAUUGAAAAUCUAGGAAUCAAACAGUUCUAUUAUUUUGUCCUGUUGAAUGGUUUUGAUUUAAUUCAAGUGAGAAAUAUGGAUGUUUUUAUCUGUGCUUUAUUGUAUUGUCAUUCCCCGUCGUUGAGCUACAUUCCAAAUAUUUGAAAUAUGAUGUGAUUAGGGUCUCGGCUGAACAGAAAUCAGCAUUGGUAAGAAGCCACUUAAGUGGUUACAUCUUAUUAGGACAGAACUGUUUCAUUUCCUCAUAGCUCAAAAUUUCAGACAAUAUCACUACCGUAUGUAUUAGCAGCUACAGCAUUUGGAAUAUCUCACCGGGUCUAGUCAGAUAAUGGUGACCUUUAUUAUUUGUGAUAGUUGUGUUGAUGAUCUUGCCUAAUUUAGUAUUUGCCAGGUCUCUUAGAUGUCAGCUUGUGUAUUGUGAGAUUCUGUUCUAGGAUCUUUUCGGUUCUAAUAUAGCCAAGUAGCAGUUAUCCCCCCCCCCCUGUCCCCAAAGGCGCGAUUAUUGUAUUCCUCCCCUCUCCAAACACUGUUAGUAUCAUAUUGUAGAGUGGGUUUGGUGACGGUUUAAACAUAAUUGUGCAAUGAUGAAGCAAAGCUUGGAAAAACUUUUGUGUUCAUUAUUUUCAAUGAUACAUUCAUCACUUUUUAAUUUAUGAAGAAAAAUAAAAACCUGAUUUAUGCUAUGUAAAUAUUCCUAGAUUUUCAUCAUUGGUGUAUCUGUUCAGAGUUUGCUACAUUUGAGUGGUGAAACUCAAAGGUAUGUUUAUGCAUUAUGUAUAAUUUAACUUUUCCCGAUCUUCAACAUAAUAUUACAGCAUAAUUUAUGUGGAUGCCAUGACUGCCAGAAUUGUUGGUGAACAUUUUUUUUAAAAACACAUUUGCUGACAGACUGAUCUACUUCUCUAAACCGUUCUAAAACAUUAUGUAUGCCUAUGUAUUUGGAUAGAAAGCUGCAUCAUAUUGAACGAAGGCCUACACAGUGCGGCCAAGACCAUUUUGCAUAAUUGUAUUUAUGUAAAUGAUUGUUAGUGAUAGACAUGUGCCUUUUGAGGAAUUGCACAAAAUGUCCAAAUCAAACGUACCAAAAUCAGGAGAGGCCAUAUCCUUGACACACCAUUUUGUUGCUAGAUUUAUAAAAUUAUUUUAUGAUGGAAUGAAAUGUACAAAAUAUAUCAUUGUGUGUUAUGUUGAUGGGAGUUUUGGCGAUGGCCCCCCCAAGACAUAAGGGACCUUUCUGUCAGCUUUGUGUACCAGCAAAACGCCAUAUAGUUAUCAUUAGAUUGUGAUGGAUCUCUCUCUGUGAUUAUGUAUAAUUUGUUUCUUAAAUGUAUAAAGAAAUGUUUAAAGCCUGUUCCUGAAAAGUGUGGUUGUGUGAGUCAUCCGUGGCUUCCGUACGCGCUUGUCGCAGAUAUAUCAAUCUUUUUUUUUUUUUUUUUGUCAUCUUUUGUCAUUUCAUGGGCCACAAGAAUUAUUAUAUAGAAUUUCAGUCGGCCAAAUGAUGAGAUAUAUUAUACAAAACAAUUUCAUGUUCACUAUUAAAUUGACACAAAUGUGCAACUUUA